UCUGGCGCUCCGAUGACAACGAUUUGAACGGAACUUGGCGCCAGAUUCUACCGAAUCUGUGGAUAUUACACAUAUGUACACACGAGUUAAUAUUAUGUUAAGAACGUAUAAGUCACGAACACGUGGCGGUUAACUAUUAACUAAAAAAAACAUUUUUCAUUUUCAUUUUUCAUGCUAACCGUUCAUUCGCAUCAGUAUGAUUUGUUAUGGUUUUAAAUCAGUGUUAACAGAUUGAGGAAUUAUAAAAUUUAUAAGUCCGAUUAUAUCAUUUUUAAUAAAGUAAAGAGUAGAUAUACAAUUAAAUAAGUAACGUUCAAAAUUAAUGUUAUUUUUAUUUAUUUACUCAAGUCGGUUAUUGUAUUUAUGUAUCAGUCAAAAAAUAACAAUAAAUCAUGACGCAAUACUUAAAAUUUUUCAUAAUUAAUUUAUUAUUAAUUUCAAUUGAUUAUUUAUCUGUAAGUGGGAUGAAUAAUGAAAGUAAGUUUAUAGCAACAAAUGAAUGGCAGACUGUAAAGAAAGGCCAGCCAAUACCUAGUGGGCUUCAUAUUAGAUAUAAUUUUGAAACAAAAGUAACAGAAGCUAAAUUAAUGGAUAAAGAUGAGAAUGACAAUAAAUCACCCAGUUCAUUAGCGAUUCACCCAGAAGCAUUAGUAAAUGAUGAAGAUGAUAUUUCAGUUCAUAAUAAUGAACAGCAUAGUAAACUAAAAAUAUCUCUAGAAGAAUUAAAAACACGCCUAAAAAAAAUAAAAACAGAUGCUAACAAUAAUAUGAAUCAGGCUGAAGAUACCGAAAAAAAAUAUCGCAGCUACGAAGAGUUAAAGGAUGAAUUGAAAUCUAUUGAUAUGAAUAUUACAACUGACUCAGAAAUAAUGAUUGAUCUUUUUGAACGUUUCAAAAUAUAUGACCAUUCAUUAACUAGUGGAGCUCUUCAAAGUACUGAGGUUGAAGAUAUUUUGCAGAUAUUUAAUGAUUUAGAAUAUUUACUUCAUCAAAUAGACAUUGGACAAUUAUUUGCUGAUAUGGAAGGGAUGUCAAAAAUAAUUUCACCAUGCUUGAAUACAACAAAUGACGAUUUAAAAAUAGAAGCAUUAAGAGUACUUGGAACUGCUGUACAAUUAAAUCCAAAAGUUCAACAAAAAGCUUUAAAUAAUGAUUUAGUACAAAAGCUUUUACAUUUAUUAUCAGUAAAUAAUAAACCAUUAGUACGAUCAAGAUGUUUAUUUGCGUUAGGAGCAUUAAUAAGACAAUUCCCCUCAGCACAAAAGGCAUUUAUUGAUCACGGAGGACUAGAAAUAUUUGGAAAAAUUUUAGAAAACGAUUUGUUGCAAACUCAAUUUAGAGCAAUUAAGCUGAUCACUGAUUUAGCAAUAGAAAGAGAACUUAUAAAUAAGACUGAAGAUGAAGGACUUCGCUUGAGAAAAGUUCAAGAGUAUAAAAAAACUAAUUUCGAACAAAAACUGAUAUUACAUAAUUAUUGUAAAUAUUUAUCGAGUAUUGUACAAAAAAAUUUUAUACAUGAUGAUAUUUCUCUCGAUUCUUCGAUGGAAAUGAAUGAGUUUCUUCAGGUAGUACUCGAAAAUAUGAUUGUUUUAUGUCCUGUUUGUAAAGAUGAAUUUCGUAAUCAUGAGCAUAGACUUUCUACAACAUUUAGUGAAAUAAUUAAUUACUAUAAUAAAAUGAAAAAUUCUAAAAUUUGGCAAGAAAAUGAAAUGCUUGAGAAUAAUUUAGAACAACUAUCAAAAUUACAAAAACUAAUUUUUGAAGAUUUUCAUGAUGAACUAUAAUUUGCUAUAAAAAUCUCAUCUAAUGUAAAUAUGAUUUUAAAAAAUUCUUAUUGAGUUAAAACACUACGUCGUUAUAACACUCUAAUUGUACAUAAAAGUAAAAAGUCUUACAAAUUAUUUUUCAAGUUGUGAUUAUAAUACAUUUUAUUUACAAAUCAAUUUUACAAAUGUAUAUUUGACUGUAAGCAUUGAAUUAUAAUUUACUUAUAAAUUAUCACUUAUUUUUACAACUUAAUUAGUAACUACUUACAUUUAAGAAAAAAAAAUUAAAUCCUUAUUUUUUUUAGAUUGUGAAAAUGUACUCUUAAACAAAUCAUUUUUUGUUUUUUUAUUUGAGACAGUAUCAACAGUUUAUAUUAUCCCAAUAAUACUAUAGAUAAACCUGUUAUCUUAUUUACUUGGACUACAAAAAAAGAUCAAAAACAGUGAUUAAUGCUAAAUUUUCUUUGUCCAAAAAUAUAAUCAUUUAUUAAUAUUUCUUUUUUUAAUAUUCAAUUGAUUUGUAGAGUGCUAAUUUCCUCCAGUACAAUGUAUCACUGGUUUUAGUGAUAAGUUCAUUGAUAUAAACUAUGCAAGUAAUUAACAAUAUAUUGUGAUUAAUUGAGAAAUUAUUAUCUCGAAAAAUAAACAACAGAUAUUUUUUACUAUCAAAUAUUUCAUUUUAUAUACUAAAUUAUUUCAAAAAAUUUUACAUUGAUCUUAAUUCGUUGCGUAGAAAAAAAUUUUUUUUUUUAAAUAUAAGAAUUUUAAUCUCAAUGGAAUAAUUAUAUUUCUUCUAUAUUUAUAUAUAAGUAAAGAGAUAUUAAAAAAUGAUACAAAAUUAUGCAACGAAAAUCAGUAUUUCUAGAUAUAACUUUGAAUAAUAAAAUUUAAUUUAAAUAAUAAUUUCAAAAUCUUAGAAAAUAAACUCAUGAGUAAGACUUCUAUAAAAAAAA